CCUCCUAUAUCCACAUAUGCGGUCGAAAAGAUCCGAAUCUCGAUAAAUGCGUCACGAACAGCAUUGAAAAUUUAAGAAGUUAUAUCUGUAAAGGAAUACCGGAAUUGAGCAGUCCACCACUUGAGUUGUUUUCUAUUAAUAAACUAGUUAUUUCUGACUCAGAUAAUGCCAAAUUAUAUUUUAAAGAUUUGGUAGUAAUGGAGCUUUGCGAUUUUAUCAUAGAUUCUUUACACUUAGAUAUUGAUAAGCUUCAUUUGGAUAUUAAUGUCUUACUCAAUCGUAUUUAUAUUAAUGGCACGUAUGAUUUCGACAUACGUAUACUAGUGCCUUUUGUUCAUAACGGGCCGAUUUAUUGCACCUCAGAUAACGUUGGAGCAAAAAUCGCAUUGGACAUGAAACUAAUAACUAAAAAUGAUAAAAAAUACGUAUAUGUAUCAAAAGUAAACUUAAAGCUCGAUGUUAAAACGGUGGACAUUAAGUUUGACGAACAGGACUCAUCUCAAUUAAACAAAAUUAUUAGCACUUUCAUAGGCAGCAAUCAAGAAGAGUUAAUUGACAAGGCUAGACCACUACUUGAAGCAGAUAUUUCUAAACAAAUACUUUUGAUUGCGAACACCAUAGUUAAACAUUUCACUUACGAUGAGCUCUUACCUGACCGAGCAUAAAUUGUUAUUUUGAAUUUUAAGAUUUACAGUUUAUAUAACGUCGCUCUAUGAAUUCGCAAUUCAAUUAAUGAAUAAGUAAAACAAGUUCUCUUACAAUAUCUCGAUAACCAGCGAUACCAAUUUUAUUUUCACUAAAUCGUGAAUAUAAUAUAAUAUAAUAGAAUACGGUAUAAUUAAACAUUUCAUAAUUAUUGAUUGAUGACUCAGCAAAUCGCGAAUAAAUGCUAAUAGUUAGUUAACUGAAAAUAUUAUAUUCACAAUUUUGUAUCGCUUAUAAUAGGGAUAAAGAUUUUGAGCAAAAUAUAUUUGAUGUGAUAAUUACGAAAUUAUCAUAUCUACACUUAAUAAAAAUUUGAUGUCGUAUUUUAUUAUGUACAUAUAUCCUCAGUUUUGUAACUAACUUGUAAUAAUAUUUUAUUUAAAUUUUUGCUAAUUUUGUUAUGCUUUAUUGCUUAUGUAUUGACAAUAUAGAAAAAUUUAUGUAUUAUUACAUAUCAAAUAAAUACGUUAUUUUAAUACGCACAGAAUUAAA